GACGAGCAGAGGGUGUUUUCUAAGCUGGCCAAUAGGAGAACGUUUCUGUGGUUUAUACAUGAACGCUCUCCUUAAUCGUUUUCUUUCAAAUAUUUGAAAACUAACACUAAGAGAGAAACUCUACAAGACUCUGAACACGUUCCACAAUGACUUCUUACACUGACAAGGGUGAGAAGCAUGAACGAGGUCGAUUCCUAAACUUCCACCAUCUCACUUUUUGGGUUGGAAAUGCCAAACAGGCUGCAUCAUUCUACUGUGAAAAGUUGGGAUUUGAACCUUGGGCCUAUAAAGGUCUUGAGACUGGUAGUCGAGAUGUGGUAUCACACGUUAUCAAGCAGGACAAGAUUUUUUUCGUGUUUCAAUCUCCACUAAAUCCGGGUAAUCGAGAGAUGGGUGAACAUCUAAUCAAGCAUGGAGAUGGGGAAGACGUAGCUUUCCAGGUUGAAGACUGUGACUUUUUAUUUCAGAAAGCCAAAGAACGUGGGGCAGUGGUUGUAAAAGAGCCAUGGAUUGAAGAGGAUCAAGGUGGCAAAGUGAAAUACGCUGUUUUACAAACUUACGGAGAUACUACACAUACCCUUGUUGAGUACCUGGGGCCGUAUCAAGGUGUAUUCCUACCGGGUUUUAAAGAGCCACUGUUUAGAGAUCCGGUGCUUGCUUCUUUGCCACCAAGUUAUCUUAGAUUUAUUGAUCACAUUGUUGGAAAUCAACCUGAUGAUGAUAUGAUCUCCGUGGUGGACUGGUAUCAAAACUGCUUGCUAUUUCAUAGAUUCUGGUCUGUAGACGACAAACAGGUUCAUACCGAAUACAGUGCAUUACGUUCAAUUGUGGUAACAAAUUAUGAAGAGACCAUAAAAAUGCCAAUAAAUGAACCAGCUCCUGGAAAGAAAAAGUCACAGAUCCAGGAGUACGUGGACUACUAUGAUGGUCCUGGUGUACAGCACAUUGCUCUUAAUACUUCCGACAUCAUCAAAGCAGUGAAACAUUUGAAAUCUCGCGGCAUAGAGUUUCUUUCUGCUCCUGACACCUAUUACGAUGAUCUAAGAAAAAACCUUAAAACUGCCAAGAUCACAGUGAAGGAAGAUUUGAGUGUGCUGCAGGAGCUCAGAAUAUUGGUUGAUUAUGAUGACAAAGGCUACCUUCUUCAAAUCUUCACCAAGCCUGUGCAGGACAGGCCUACUCUCUUCCUAGAAGUUAUACAAAGAUACAAUCAUCAUGGCUUUGGAGCUGGGAAUUUCAAGUCUUUGUUCGAAGCAAUAGAAAAGGAUCAAGAUGCCAGAGGAAACCUAACAGUGUACACAAGUAAUGGAGAACCACAACUGUUCAACUGAAGACGGAGGAAAUGAAAUGGAAGACUGAGCGGGCACACACUUAUAAAAAGGGAAUCCUUUAAUACACAGAACUACAUAAUUCAAUAAAGUCUAAAACGUUUCAUUUAUUACCUAUAUUAUGUUUGUAAGAAUAAAGUUGUUGCUGUCAAAUGAC